AUGAAAACCAGCAGAGAUAUUCCAGAUAACUCUGAUUUCUGGCGGCUCUUAUGGCAGUUACAGCUCCCUCCAAAAGUUCUCAACUUUCUGUGGAGAGCUUCUACCAACAGUCUUCCAACUCGGUUUCAUCUUUCCACAAAACAUAUUCCAAUUGCUGCAACAUGUCCAUUUUGUCUUGUUGCUCCUGAGACGACUCUGCAUGUUCUGGCUCUUGAGGCUGGUAUGAUUUGUUGGUCAGUUUGGACUCGUCAUAAUGAUUUGGUUUGGAACUCCAAACACCCUGAUGCGAGUGAGGUUGUGACUAUGGAAAAAUUAAAUUAUGUUGAAUGGUUUAAUGCUCAAAAACAUAAUGUCACGGAUGCAAGUUUAAACUGGCCGACUGCACUACCCGUAGAGCAAUGGACAACACCUGAUUUCCCUUUUGUCAAAGUUAAUGUCGAUGGUGCACUAUUCUCUAUCCAAGGGCGAUAUGGCCUGGGUUUGAUUGUAAGGUCUGCUGCGGGAAUGGUCUUGGAGGCCAGAAUUUUAUCUAGAGAAGGCUCUUUGCAACCUCAUAUUGUUGAAGCCAUUGGUAUAAAGGAAGCUCUUUCUUGGAGUAAAGCGAAUGGAUGGACUCUGGUUGCUGAUUUUGAUGUUGUUUCUUUUACUUUUGCUAAGCGGUCUGCUAAUAAGGUUGCGCAUGCCUUGGCGCGAUCUUCUUUUUCUGAGACUGACCGCUUUAAUGUGAAGGAGGAUAAUGAGUUGAUGCCAGAUUACGAAAAUUAG